AACUGUAACAGCUGUUUAACAAACGUCAAACAAAAUUUCUUAAAUAAAAUAUUAAAGAAAUACUGUUGUCAAUAGAUUUUGUAUAAGAAUGGCUGCAUCAAGCAGGGAAGCGGUUAAAAGAGCUGUACAACAAGUACGUCCAAUUUUAUCAAUAAAUCGUGACGAGGCUCGAAAGCGUGCCUUAAAUUUGUACAAAGCCUGGUACCGACAAAUUCCGUAUAUUGUUAUGGACUAUGAUAUACCAAAGUCAGUUCCCCAAUGCCGUGAAAAACUGCGAGAAGAAUUCGAAAAGCAUCGCAACGUUACUGAUAUACGCGUUAUUGAUAUGCUAGUUAUCAAGGGACAAAUGGAACUUAAGGAAUCCAUUGAAAUAUGGAAACAAAAGGGACAUAUAAUGCGUUAUUGGAAGGAAUCCCAAGAUCCAAAGCCAACCGAUUUCUUAUCAAAAUUCAUUCAGGGUGCAAAUUAAAGCAAAUUAGAAAUAAAAUAAUUUUUUUGAAUUGUAAAUUAAAAAUAUAUCUUUGAAAUCAA